AUGUUAUAUUUAUUUGGUAAAACGUUGUGGGCGAUUUUAUACGCAAUAUCAUGGAGUGCUUUAUUUGCAGUUUUGCCACAACCUUCAUAUCAGGGACCUACGAAAAUAAUUGAAUUAAGUGAACAAGAUUUAAAUGAGAUUAAACGUGGUGGAUAUAAACUUCAUAAAUUUAAAGAAAUCACAGAUGAAGAACAUGAAAAGAUUAAACAAAGUGAAAACGGUAAAGGUAAAGAACAAGUCGAUCAACAUUGGAUAAUAUUUUUUUACGUUACAUGGAGUCCGGCUUGUAGAAUUUUCGAAUCAACGGUAGCAAAAACAUCUGUAAAGUAUACAACAACAGAUGUUCAUUUUGGCAAAAUCGAUUUGGAUUUCUAUCCAAACGUGGCUCAAGAAUACGACAUUUCAUUGUCACCUACAAGUUUAGAUUUGCCUGCUUUAGUUUAUUUUAAAAAUGGCAGAGAAAAUUCUAGAUUACCUAAAAAUGUUAAAGUUGAUGAUGUUCAACUGGACCAAAUAACAAAUAAAACACUUAAAAGUGCAAAGGUCACCUGGGAUCGAUUAGGAUGGGAUCGUAGUAUGAAAUCUAUAAUUACAGCAUUUAAACUUGAUACUAUAAGUAAAACCGUAUAA